UUUCCAGAUAAAGUUGUUUAACGGGUUAGGUUUCAUUUAAAAUGUAGGCAUCGAAUAUUUAGGGUUUAAAGUUUGUUUAUUAACAUUUUAAUUAAAAAAAAUAAAUAUAGCCUAAAUUUUAUAGGAGAAUUAGUGUAGACGCGGAAGGUAGAGCGCGUGGGGAAAUGGGUCCAAAUGAUUGUUGAGAAGUGGGAUGUCUGGCCGACGAGGAACAAUACUCCACCGCACGAGUGUGGUCACUGGGACCACAUAUUACCACGUAGACAGCUUCUCACAUGCUCAUGCACGUGAAGUCGUGACCUUUGUUUCAUCCUUCUCAUGAUCUCCACUUCUUCUUGUUUUUUUUUUUUUUUGUAAAAACCACUUCUUGUUCUUAAUCUUUGCCUGUCCUGGCUCUCCCUCACUUUUAUUUGAAGAUCCCUAUAUUCGAUUCGUAUUUGUUCAAGAUAAAAAAACGUAAACUUUACUUCAUCCUUGUAUUACAAAAACAUAAAAAUAUGUUCCUUGCAUUUUUUUGGCAAAUAAACAUAAAAAUUAUGAUCCUUUGAUAUAUACGGACGUAUUUCUAUUGACGACACACAAAGAAAUACUCUCUAGUCUCUAACGACCUAGACAACAAGAAGUUUAAAAUAAGGCAAUCAUCUAGAAAAAUAACAAUUUCUCUAGUUUCCAUAUUCCGUUUUUAAUUUCAUUUUUACCAUAUGAAACUUUGAUCAAACACAACGGUUCCGAGUGGAUCACCACUUAAUCAGCCAGCCGGAAAUUUUAAAUUUGAUCAAGAAAACCGUCUUUAAAACUUUAUGUUGGGGUCAUGGGGUCAUUAAUAUGAAGUGGUAAAUGUCGCUUCGUUAAUAGGCGGUGCCGUGCUGUUUUUGUCUGAAAAUAUCUGUGAACACAUACCCAUGCUCGUUUAAUUUCUUUAUGUAGAACAUGAUCACUCCACUACCUAAGUAAUUAAUAAAUAAAUAAAUCAAACUUUUAUAUUUAUCGAGGAUAUCAACGCGUCUUUCGCACGUGUAUAUCCUUAUAAUAACCUAAUACUGGAUAAACAUCUGACGCAAAUUUACAAGAUUGCCGAAGAAUUUGAUUUCCGCAAAACAAGCAUUUAUAUUCCAAUAAAGAAAACAAAGAGAACAUACAUGAUUGAGCUCUCUCUCUAAUUCACACAAUCUCCACACAUUAUCACCAAGUGAGAAACUUAUUUUCUUCAGUUAGUUGGAAACUUAUAAUUUUAAACUUGUUAAAGCAAAAUUAGGUUUACUACGAUGAUAAUUCAACACUAAAAUUCAUGACUUUCCGCAAGAAGCAUAAGAUAUGCUACAACCCAUGUUCUGCGAUUCCAUUCCGUAACCAUUCCUCCGUGUAUUUUGUAGUACUUUAUAUUAUAAGAAAACACUCUAAGCAACAAACAAAAAAAAAGUGAAAAUAAAGGUAUGCAAAUUCAACUACGUUGGAAAGAGAGCAUUACUAACUAUUCAGAAUAGUAUAUUAUGAAAAAUGUUUACUCUUUGGGAAGAGACUCUCAAAGAAGUUGAAGUUCCCACUGUUUUUUUUAUAAACAAAGUUCCCAUUUCUUGAUAUAGUUACAUUUCAAUGCAUAUUAGGGGUAUGCGUGCAUGUACCUUUUUUUUUUGUAACACUCGUGCAUGUACCUUUAACUUAAAAAUAAAGCGUGCAUGUACUUGGAAAAAAGAAUAGAAAAGCAUAGAUCUCCUCUCCUAAAAAAUUUCUAUCAAAGGGAACUUUAAAGAUUUUGAUGAUUCUUUUUUUUGAACAACAAAGAUUUUGAUGAUAAGAGAUUAGAAGUACACUACAUAUGCUAUUUUUGAGUGUCUAUAUUAUUACUGCUUUUCAAACAAACAUUUAAUUUGCCAUUAAUUAGUUUGAACUCACAAAGACGUUCACAAGGAUAAAUACAAGGAACCAAAACACAAUGAAACUGAAGAAAUUAAAUUAUUACACAAUAAUUAAUUUUGGAAAGUCUGACUCGCUAAUAGAAAUACUUCGGGUCCAGUAGACUCUCUCUUUCCCUUUCAAAAUUUCAAAAAUUAAUCAAGUAACAUAAAGCAGGAGACUCUAGUGAAAGGUCAUUUUCUCUUCUGUAAGAACAAGAGAGGUUAUUAUGUAUUUGAAGUCACAUGCUUAAAUAACAAUGAAUUUCUCGAGAUAUGGACCGUUAUACAUGAUAAUAGGCAUAUUUGAACACAUAAACUUGACCCAAAACAAUAAAGAGAACACAAAAACAAUUAACGUACCUAUGCAUAUUUUUUAAAUUAUUAUACACGUUAUAUUUGUUCACAACUACUGUGCCCCCCUUCGUCUAGUUCUUCGUUCAUUAUACAAAACCUAUAUAGAGAUUUUUCAAUAAUCAAAGAACAUUGGUAGGCAUGAGUAAGAAAAUGAUCAGCGUGUGAUGAUUAAUGGCAACGACGUUGGUGAGUUAUAAAAAAAAAAUUUUUUUGUAUUUUUUGGGUCUAAUUCCAAUAUUUUUACAUAUUUGUCGAGGUAAGUAUAAUCUAUGUCAAUUUUGGUCAAAAUAUUCAACUAACUUUAUUAAGGUUGAGAAACAAACAGUCAACUGCGUUGUAAACAACUUACAAAUAUCUCGAUAGCUAGACUUUGAAUGGUAAUACCACAUUGAGUAGUAGAAGACAAAAGGUACAAUUGUGGUAUUCUAACAAUUAUAAAAAUAUAUAAAUAUAUAAAGAUUUUUGUUACUAUUAAAUGCGGUGCGGUACAUAGCGGAUUAAAAUAUUUGAAGCCUUAAUUUACAAAGAUUUGUUUUGGCUAAACCAACAUGAUGUUUGAACCUUACUAACUAUAGGAUUCAACUAUUUUUUAAAAAUAUACAAUAUUUAAGAGAAAAUCUCCUUUAGAGUUUUGAACCAGGAAAUGAAAAAUUGCAAAACCAUUUCUAAUGCUGCUUCAUUUUCUAUUUUUUAUUUUAUUUUGAAGAAAAAAUUGCUUUAAUGGUAUUUUAUUUCUUGCUUCAAAAAGAAACAAUGAACAAAGUUGUUUCAAAUUUGAAGAUAUGCUAUUCACAUCUUCAUUUUUUUAAGAUGAACUUCUUAAACUAUAAACUGGUCCUCGAUUUUUAUUUGUUCAUACUUUUGAUAAAAUAAACUAUAUUUGUUAAUAUGACCUGGUUAAUUUCUAAUUUUCAUUUUAUUUUCAUUUAAUUAAUUACAAUACUAAAUAUACUAAAACAUAUAGUAUAUUCCAAGAUUUUUUUGCUCGAUUUCGAAGAAUCAAAGAUCAAGAAACUCAUUUUUCAUUUUGGAAUUUUUUUUGAUCACUCGUGAGAAAAAAAUAUAUAUCUACUACGUCUUCAUAAAAUUUGAUAUUCUUUGCUUAUUUAUUUAUGCUAUGCGUGUUAAUUUUAUUUUCUGAUAAUAUUUAAUUUAUAUUAAUUAGUUAUUAUGUUGGAUUAGUAUUAAAACAAAAAAUAGUUGGGUAACAUUAUUAAAUAUGGAAAAAUAUAAGGUGUUUUUAAUAAUUAAUAUAAACUAAAAAAAUAAUAUAAUGGGAAUAUUCCGUUUUGAAGAAGAAAAUGAAGUAGACCACUAGAAUAAAUGUUACUUUAUUAUUUUUCAUUUUGGAGAAAAUGAAUAUUUGAAAAUAAAAAUGAAAGCAACCAUUGUGGAUGUGCUAAAUAAGUAUUUGUUUUUGUUUAUUUUUGCAUUCAUAUGUUAACCAUAAGAGCAUCUUCAAUGUAGAACUCUAUUUGUUCUUCCAAAAUGGAGUAAAAGUGAAAAUAGAAUAAAAUUGCUCUAAUCUUACUCUAUUUUUCAUUCUAUAAUGGAGUGAUGAACAAACAAAAAAUAUAUUACUCUAUUUAUGAAGUAUAUUUUAUUAUAGAGUGAGAUAUGAAGUUGAGUUAAAUUAUUAUUUACUCUAUAUUCACUUUUAUUCUAGUUUAAAAGAAAAAAUGGAAUAGAGAUGCCUUAAAAAGAAAAUGUGUCAUUUUCACGAAUGGUUUUGUGGUUUGUCUGAGAAUUGAGCAACUCUUAUACUGUCAUAAAUGGAUGUAUUAAGUGAGAAGAAGGGUAAUGUUAGACUGUUUGUAAAUGUCAAAACAAAUAUUAAUGUCAUUAGAACUAAGUUACGUUUCGAGAUUAAAUUAAUAAAGCUGACCCGACUUGUCUGUGAAACUGCUGAAAGUCUUGAUGAGACCGAAGGCAUAAGUAACGAGGGCAUUAUUAAUAACAAAAUAAAUAGAUACUAGUACUAGUAAACACACAAUUAAAACAUUUAUUUACUUCAGCCAUAAAAUCUACCAACACCACCACCACAUGUCGUGCGUUUUCUUUUAUUUGUGUUUGACUGACAGAUGAAAUUAAUGAAAAAUUAAUUAACAUUUGAUACUUAUUAUGAACUAAAAAGACAUCGGGAAAAUAGAACAAUAAAUGAAAGGAGGCAUGGAACGGGAAUGCAUGUUGGAUUCACAGACAACUCCAAUCCAUGCAGUGUUUAGGGUUCUUUAUAGGCUGUCUGUAACCUAUCGAUACGACACCGUAUCUCUGCCCCCUCCUGAUUCCAUACCCAUUUUGAGCCCACCGCCUCAUCUCUCCCUCUCAUCUUCCCCUCACUCGCGCGUGUUCCUCAUCGAUUUCUUAUUUUGUUCUAGUAUUAACAUCCCUAAUCACAUACAGUUCUAUUAUUAAAUCUUCAAAGAACAUAGUAUUUUUUAUCGACCAAGAAAUUUACCUCAUCAUCAUGACUUAUUAGUAAGAUUAUUAGAUCUUCAAAGAAAAUUAAUGUUAAUAUUGUUAUAUGUUUUUUCAAAAAAAUAUUGUUAUAUGUUUUUUAAAGAUUGAAUAAUUAGUAAAAAACUAAAAAUGUUUCACUAAAAAGAUCUUAACUACAUGCCAAGUAAGGAAUUCUAGUAUUAUAAUACUAUCAAGUUGCUUCCAAUGUUAGUGUUAGGAGUGAAAGUGAUUAAGUGAUUUGUUAAAUCAAAACAAACCCAUGUUAACAUGAGAAGUAAAGUGCAAAAAAAAAAAAUCUUAACAUUUUACAAAAUAUCGGUAAAGUAAAGUACAAACUAUCAUAUGCACUAAAGAAAAUAAAAUAAAAGUUGUAAAAAGCAAAGCUGCAGAAAAGGUUGUCUUUGGGAUACGUAGGACCCGCGUUAUUCAGAGAAGAAUAGGGAUAUGAUGAUAGCAAUAAGGCAUGAUAUGAUGAUAAAUGUUUUCAUGAUGAUGAUGGUGAUGAUUCUUUAAUUAUUAUGAUAUUAUUUUUCACCAGCGCGUGGAUUCUACAGUCGAACUUUUUUCAACCGCAGCUUUUUUUUAUUUCUCAUUGGUCAACGUUCAACGAGCGAGAAAGCCGCUUUCGUAACGAAAGCCAUAUACAAAAAGCCAUUAGCUUGUGGGUUUUUGAAAAAGAGCUUUCUCUACAUAUUUAACUUUGAAACUCGGGUAGAUUAAUAUUCUCUUAAUAAAGUUAAAGAAAUAUCUUUAUCCAUAUAUAGUAAAAACUUUGAUGAACGAGUUUUACUGAUAAUACAUGAAUAUUAAUAUAUUUGAAAACGCUCUGAUAAGGUUCAUAUGUUAUUAAAGAAUUGAAUAGAUACAAGUUACAAAACGGAAAUUGAGAGAAAUAGAACAAGAUUGGUGGACCUUUUUAAUAAUUAACCAUGGUUAACAGAGGAUGUGAGGUGAUAGUAAUAACUCCUGGAUUUAUUUUUAACCAUGGUUAAGUUAAAAAGCAGGUUUUUUUAUGCAGUAUAUAUCAUCAUUGAGGUAACAGAGGUCUCUCUGACACAAGUCAUCAUUGAAACCCUAAGCCUCCCCACAACCCCAUAUCUCUUUGUCUGAAAAAUCUCUUUUGUAUAUAAAUUUAAACACAAGCCAUAUCUUUCAAACUGUACUGCUGCACAAGUGUAGAGGAAGUGGCACAACAUCUUUAAGAGAGAGAGAGAGAGAGGUCAUUUAUUCAUUUUCCAGGAAAAAAACUUGAGAGAAAAAAGUUUGAUUUUGUUUGUUGUUGAGAAAUGGGUGAGAGGGAUGAUGGACUGGGGCUAAGCUUGAGCUUGAGUUUAGGUUUAAAUCAAAAGGAGUCUUCUCCGAGGUUGAAUCCAAUGCCUAUGGCUUCUUAUUCGUCUUCAUCACACAUGCAUAUGCAGAGCCAUUAUAACCAUCCUCAAAAGAUUCAGAACAGUUGGAUUCAAAUGUUUCAAUCUUCAGAGAGGAACUCCGACGUGGGAUCGUUCCUACGGGGGCUCGACGUGAACAGAGCUCCGUCGAGGGUGGUGGUUGACGUGGAGGAAGAUGCGGGAGUUUCGUCUCCUAAUAGCACCGUCUCAAGCGUGAUGAGCGGGAAGAGAAACGAAAGAGAGCUCGUGGCUGCGGCGGGAACUGGAGGAGGAAGAACAAUAGAGGAUAACGAGGCGGAGAGAGGAUCUAGCUCUCUCGGCGGUGGCAGCGACGAUGAAGAUGGUGGUGGUAACGGGGACGACGGGUCGAGGAAGAAGCUCCGGUUGUCUAAAGAACAAGCUUUGGUCCUCGAGGAGACUUUUAAAGAACAUAGCACUCUCAACCCGAAACAAAAGAUGGCUCUGGCUAAGCAGUUGAAUCUAAGGACUAGGCAAGUGGAAGUGUGGUUCCAAAACCGAAGGGCAAGGACAAAGCUGAAGCAAACGGAAGUUGAUUGUGAGUAUCUAAAAAGAUGUUGCGAGAAUCUAACGGAGGAAAAUAGAAGAUUACAGAAGGAAGUGAGUGAGCUUAGGGCUUUAAAGCUGUCUCCACAGUUGUACAUGCACAUGAAACCUCCCACUACGCUCACCAUGUGUCCUUCCUGUGAGCGAGUCGCUGUUGCUUCAUCGUCGGUUGCUCCUGCUCCUGUGAUGUCUUCAUCGUCUCCAAUGGGACCAAUGAGCCCGUGGGCUGCUAUUCCUCUCCGGCAACGUCCUGCUGCUGGUUCUCGUUGAAAAAUGUGUUUUAUUUGUUUGUUGUUAUUUUCAGAAGAAUUAGCUUUAGUUCAACGUUCAUGGGCUUUGGUGAUUUCGUUUUUAUAUUAUAUAAUGUGCUAAAACGAUCUUGGAAUGUCUUUUCAAGUGCUGUCUCAUGCUCAUCUUCGUUCUUGUCUACAUUGUUUCUAAUGUCCAUUGAGAGAUGUACUAAAAAUAUCAUUGUCGAAUGAUUAGGAAAUAGACUUCUGGUUUCAGUAAAACAAAUUUGUUUAUUAUU